AUGGCUGCGAAUCUACCUCCCAAAGAACAGCAAAAAAUUGUGGAAGGCUUCAAGGUGUUGAGAGAGAACCAACAGGUCAUUCUUGCUGAAAUCAGAAGAUACACACACGAACUGCGUGAGGUGAAGUAAGUUUUGUAGCUUUUUUUUGAUUUUAGGUGGAAAAUGACAUUAUCUUUGGUUUUGGAUGGUUUUGUGGUAUGAGAGGUGUAAAAACGGCAUUAUGCAUCAUUUGUGCUAAUGAAGAGUUUCAUACUUUGUAAAAAUGUAUUCUUUAGCGUUUUUUAUUUGUUUACAUGUAAGGAUCUUAAGUACUUGCUUUUUUAAACUUUAUAAAGCUUUGUUUGGCUUUAAUAGCUAAUAUUUACAUGUUUAGAAGUGUUCUGGCAGCGUUAGGACGAUGGGACAACACAAGCAGAAAGUUCUACUACAGAUGUGUUGAUGCUUUGUUAGAAUACGACGGUCCAUCGAUGGAAAAGAAGUUGAAGGAAGUGAUUGUUGAGGUAUCGUUUAUAUAUUUUUAAAAUGAACUUUUACUUUAAAUUUUUUAUGUCAAUAAUUAUCAUCGGGGUCAAGAAAAUGUAUAGUUAAAUUAAUUUUUAAAAACAUAAGCUUAACUUUUAUAAAAUAAAAAGUACUUUGAUGUACAGUUACUGAUAAUGGAAUGUUUCAGUUGGAAGAAAAGAUAAAGGAAGGAGAAGAAAACCUGAAACUGAAAGCAGUCGAACUAAGAGAUUAUACCGAAAAACAUAAAAUUAGAUUUGUUCCUCAAUAG